AUGCGUCUCUCAUCUACUCACACUCUUUUGCUCUACUUCAUUUCUUGCGCACAAAAUGUGUUUAGCUACGUUGCAAUUCAAAGACAUGCUCCAAAGACCUACAGCCUCUACGAUGCCGAUGCUACUCCGACGCGUGAAACGGACCAGGCCAGAAUUACGCCUGGCUUACGGUUGCGCCAGCUCAUGGAUCCGGACUCUAACAUGGCCAGAUACUUCGCAACUAGGCCGACCAGCUAUUCAAGUGUUCCUUAUAAACCAGCUACCAUCAAUUCUACGCAGCAAUGCUUACUGUGGGACCCGAGCUGCAAGGGUAACAGACGGGAAGCUGUUCUUGGCUUCUUCCAAGAUACGAUGCCAAAACUCUUGCAGGAUUCUUGUUUCACGACCGGCCCUGACUGGGACUCAUACUGCACAGAGACGCCGAAACCUGAUCCUUCAUUGAUUAGUUAUUGGUCAACAGUGAGGAGCUGGAUGCGCGAACCAUCAUGCCAAUCCGCGCGGCAUGAAGCGCACGACUUAGUCUCAACCAUCCCAACCUACGAUAUAUCUGGUGGCUGCUGUGGUAGCUGUGGUAUUGGCGGCCCAAAUGUUGAUGUCUACUAUUGGGAGUCACCAAAUGCAAAUACCGAGUGCCUCAGUGUCAUCGAUGCGUACGAACCAUUGAAUAUUGUUGGGGACGAGGAUAGACUGAUUGUAUUAUUAGCACUUGUUAACCCUUGGGAUCCUGCAACAGUCGCCAACGCCAUCGCGAAGGAUGCAGAGUACGCUCUGGUAUCCAUGACUGCGUCGUCAGCGGCCCCGACAAUGCCUUUUCCAGCAGCAUCUGGGCUGCACGCGCGAGCAAAUCCUAUCCCCCUAAGGCCUAGGCAAGUACAGACUCCUACAAAUAUAACGGCAAAAGCGGCAUACGAUUCGCAUGCGAGUACACAAGAUCAAUGGUACAAACCAGAGCCUGGACAGCCUUACCGCCCAAUCAUAGCUUUCCCGCCAAAGCUUACCGAGAUCGAUCCUGCGUUUAAAGGUUGCACUGCAAGACUAUUCACCGGCUACGAUCCGCCGAGAGCGCUUGCAUCUGAAACAGCAAUGGCCGAUGAUCAAAGCAAAGCAGAAUCCAAUCCGCCGCCGCCUCCUGCACCCAACGCUAAGGUGACUGCAAACCUGAACAUGGUACAAGAUCCACAAACGACAGAGACGCCAGCCACCGAGAAGCAGCUGGACAAUCAGCCACAGACGCAAUCAAAGAAGAUUGUAGUACCAUCUGAUGCUUCUCCUGUACAGCCUGCCACAAAUUCACCAGCAAAGUUGAUUGAUGACCCGUCGAACGAAUCAGAUCAGCAGAUGGCUGAGAUACAUAAUGCAUUGACGCCAUCAAUCAAGUCGCAAGAAGUAGCUGCUCCUGUCCCUGCCAAUCCUCUACCAGCAGCGAAUACACAUUUUGAAGACAUCGAUCAGACACAGCCCGUUAGCGAGCCAGAACAACCGCCAGCUCCCGAGCCGAUUGCCACCGUAGGAGGCAAGCCGAUUGUUACGAUGCCACAGUCUCAAAAUGAAGACGACGGAGUCACGAAUGAAGCGUCAACCGGCAGUGUUACAAACGAAAACGUCAAUGCAGCCUCGAAUCCGUCAGACAAUGAUCGAGUAUCAGGAAAGACGGAGUUUGAACAGCAAAGCCAAGGGCAAGUUCCACAGCAGCAAGGCAAUGCAGCUCCUCCAGUAUAUAAAAUAGGCGACGAACAGCUCACUACCGGCGGUGCUCCGUUGACGAUAGGCGGGACCGAAGUAUUUGCUGAUGCAGGUGGGGUGAUCGUGGGUGACCAGACAUACCAUCCUACUGCUGCACCGAGUCCAGUGCAAAUCGGAGGACAUACUGUAUUUGCGGCUUCAUCUGGCUACAAGAUCGACGGACUGAGCGUAUUACCUGGUGGUGCGGCUGUCACUGCUGGCGGACAGACACUAAAUAUUGAUCAAGACUACAAUCUACACAUCGACGAUCAGGUCUUCCCAGUGCAGGAAGCAACUCCAGCAAAGCCCACUGUCAUUGCCGGUCAUACAGUCACUCCAGUUGGUGACGGAAAGGCGAUCAUUGACGGAACGACUCUGACUCAGGGUGGUCCCCCGCAGGUCAUUUCUGGCACACCAGUGUCUCUUGAAACGAACAAUUAUAUCAACAUAAAAGGACAAUCCUACCAGCUUCCCACUGCAGCUUAUUCUCCAAUUCCAACAGUCAUCAACGGCCAAAGAGUCGUCCCCCUCCCGACCGGGUUGUCUAUCGCUGGCACAACGCUAUUGCCUGGAGGGAUGCCAGUAACAGUGUCCGGCAAGCCAAUUUCGUUGGACCAAACAGGCAACCUUCAUUUCGGAGGCUCAUCUUUUCCUUUACCGCCAAUGAUCUCUCUGGGCUAUGGAGCUAUACCAACAACCAUUGCAGCUCAGGCUAUUGUUCCUCUAUCGAAUGGGGAUAUCUCCGUAGCAGGCACAACACUCACGCCCGGCGCUCCCGCUAUCACUGCAGAAGACGGUCAAAUUAUUUCUCUUGGCUCUGCUUCACUCACUAUUGGCACUUCGACUAUUCCUGUGUCUGCUCCCCGUACUCCUUUUUCAAAUAGCGCAGGGCUUACUAGAACGACCAUCAAUGGCGAAGAAGUUGUUCCCGUGUCAAAUGGGGUAUCUGUCGAAGGGACUACGCUUACUCCAGGUGGCGUCAUGACAGCUAAGGAUGGUGAAGUCAUCAUCAUGGGUAGCUCUGAGCUGGUAGUGGGAUCAUCCACCAUUCCUGUGCAAAUAGGGUCCGCUGGACUAGGCUUCACACUGGGAGGGUUGAUCACCCCAGCAAGCGGGACUGGGCCUGGCUCGACCUCACCAACAAAUUUUACAGGAAAAGCUAGCAGGCGGACGAUAAUGGACUGGUCACUACUUCUUUCUGCAGUUGCAUACACACUGUACAUUGCUAUCAUAUUCACGGCAAAGUAUCUUAAGACAUCAUGCCGAGACCUGGACAGACUCUUUGUGCAUAUGCUAGAGUCUUGGAGCACAAAUUUCGAGUCCAACAUCACGUUCAAGUCCGGAGGCCGUGGAAUGUUACGUUCUGAAGUUUUCUUGGCUGUCUGGGCGGAGGGGGCGGAGCUUCGCGUACCCAUCUUGCCAUUGGAUGCUUCCUUCCUUUCCGUGCUUGGUAUCAAAGAUUUCCGCCUUGGCUUCCACUUUUCCCCCCUACAACCUCGGAGAUCUUUCGCAAUCGACGACCCCCGUUCCCUGGGCAUAGAUGAACGAUCUGAGGAAGACAUUGGCAGUAGCAGACCCAUGGCCAGAGUCAUAUAA